CGGAUGCGAGCAGUUCCAGUUGGUAAACACUUGGGCAACAAAGAGUCAACAUCUGACUGGACCGAACCUACGGUCCCAUCUGGUGCAGGAUUAACAUGAGCAAGAAGUGACUCAAAACCAUCACCUUAAAGGGCACUUUGAUCUAUUUCCAAGUGUGUGUCGGUCAGAAGGUUGUGGACGGCUGCUCCUGAACUUGGGUUUAACACAUCGUCUCAUGGAAUGCGACCACAAGGAAUUAUUUCUCAGAAACAUUGGCAGUGUGCCUCUGUUGAAGACUCUGGAACAGUCAGCUGGUUUGAAUUUAAUCAUUUAGAUCACACAGUCCACUGGCCGUGGGGUCUGCUGGACCCUGUUGACAAGAACGCCCCUUGGAAAUUAGGAUAAACUUUGAAUCCUGGCAGCUAAAAUGUAACCGGUGAAACCACUCGGUUAUACAUUCACUGAUGUGCUCUGCCUUGCUGGGGGUAACACGAUUCUAGAAGUCAAACUUGGGAGUGACGCUGAGCAGAACUGAGCAGAAUGAAGCUCCCUCGGGUCCUGGCGUUCCUCCUGGUGUUCUCAGCAUCCCUCAGCUGCACCUGUGAUGGACACAAAGUUCUGGUUUUUCCCAUUGACGGUAGCCACUGGCUCAACAUGAAGAUCCUAGUGGAGGCACUGCACUCCAAAGGACAUGACAUCACAGUGCUGCGCUCGUCACAAAGCUGGUAUAUAUCGGAGGUUUCUCCCUUUUACACCUCCAUCACCAUCCAACAGGAGCAAUCCUAUGCCAUCGAGAGCCAAUCUGACAUGAACAGAUUCAUGACGCGGUCUUUGGAGGUCCGACAGAACCGAGGCUCUCUUUGGGCAUUUGUGGAGUUCUACAGGUUGCUGUUUGACUUGGUCAGAGAGAACCAGGCAGUUGUGGCACAACAGGCAUUGAGCAUGCUGGAAAACAAAACUUUGACUCAGCAACUGGAGAACGCGGCAUAUGAUGUCUUCUUGACUGAUCCUGUUUUUCCAGGUGGAGUUUUGUUGGGACACUAUCUGAAGCUUCCCAUGGUCUUCAAUGUACGAUGGAUUUUUAAUGGCGACGGCCACUUCUCCAUUGCCCCGUCUCCACUGUCAUAUAUCCCGCAGUUAUUCUCGCAGUUCACUGACAAGAUGGGCUUCUUUGAGCGAGUCAGCAACGUGAUCUACCACAGCAUCCUGCUGUACAUGCGCGCCUAUGUCUCAAACCCUCCAUAUCAGGCGGUGUGUGACAAGUAUUUCGGCCCUGAAGUCAACGUCCUGCAGCUCAUGCAGGGGGCCGAUCUGUGGCUGAUGAGAGUCGACUUCACGUUCGAGCUUCCUCGACCAACGAUGCCCAACGUCGUCUACAUCGGAGGGUUUCAGGGGAAGCCCGCAAAGCCGCUCCCGGACGAUCUAGAAGAGUUCAUGCAGAGUUCCGGUGAGCAUGGUGUGAUCAUCAUGACCUUGGGAACGCUGCUGGGGGACCUCGGCUCCGAGUAUUCCCAGCUCUUCGCCUCGGCAUUUGCCAACCUUCCUCAGAAGGUUAUCUGGAGACACAUCGGGGAGAAACCCGCCUCUCUGGGGAACAACACCCGGCUUGUUGAAUGGAUGCCCCAAAAUGACAUACUUGGUCACCCGAAAACCAAACUGUUUGUCACACACGGCGGCACCAAUGGACUCUACGAGGCCCUUCACCACGCUGUUCCAGUUUUGGGGGUCCCUCUCAUUUUUGACCAGUUUGACAACAUGGUUCGCAUGAAGGCCAAAGGAGUCGGAGAUUUCAUCGAACUGACCCAAGUGGAUGUGGAAACACUGACUGACACACUGAGGAACAUUUUGGACCCGCAGGCGAUGUAUAAGCAGAACAUGGUCAAGCUGUCACAGCUUCAUCUGGACAAACCCAUAGAGCCACUGGAGCACGCCAUGUUUUGGAUCGAAUACGUGGCCAGACACAAGGGUGCCGCUCACCUGCGCACAGACUGGCACAAGCUGCCGUGGUACUCGUACUACUGUGUCGACGUGCUGGCCUUUUUAGUGGCGGUGAUCUCGCUUGUCGUAGCAGUGCUCAUCACGUCCUGCAGGUGGUUGGUCCACACUCUGAUGAGGAAAAAGAAGUCCACAGUCAAGUCCAAGCAUGCAUGAAGCUUGAGGACUCUGAUUGUAGAGGCCAGAAUGGAAAGCUGUGACGGGGAAGUGAUCGUGAUCAUGGUCCAAUGAAGCUUUCCAGUGACGACAAUAAUCUGCUUGUGGGUGUAGAGAGGGAGGAUAUGUACUCGUCAUCAUGACAGGCUUCUCUGUAAACAACCGCUCCCGUGGUGUAGCACCCUCAGUAAUGGCACAAUGACGUGAUGAUAAUAAAGUAAGAAACGUUUGUCCUGAGUCAUGUGUUGAGGAACACCUCACCUCGAUCACAAACCUCACCCCUCUUCCUCACUUACAUGACAUUUAAAUCUAACUGGAGUCCCACUAGAUUUCUUCAUAUAAUUCUUUGAUCUCCAGAAAAGUGUU